AUGCCAGCCCCCUCCGAUCUCCUCUCAGACGCGGAUAUCAGCCAAGCGUACGAAGAUGUGCGCUCUGAUAAGUCUGAGACUACGUGGCUUAUCUUGAAGUAUGCAUCAGCUACAUCAGACAGCUUAACGUUAGCCGCGUCGGGAACAGGGGACAUUGCUGAGAUGACGCAGUCCCUCGGCGAGGAAGCGGCGUACGCCUAUGUGCGGAUGAAACUGGGUAAUGACGAGUACUCGGAACGGGUCAAGUUUGUUUUUGUCAUUUGGCAGGGGCCCAAUACAAAGGUUAUGCGCAAGGCGAAGAUGAGCUUCCAGAGCGGGCAGGUCAAGCAGGUCAUUCGCACGUAUGCGGUUGAGAUCCAGACGAGCGAUACCAAGGAGUUGGAGGCUGAGGCUGUUACGCUCAAGUUGAGGAAAGCUAUGGGUGCUAAUUAUGAUCGGCAAGGUUCGAGCUAUUAG